AUGGAAGAGACUGCAGAGUCGUUUUUGUCACAGUAUAAAAGACUUGAAUCUGCCAAAGCACCCUCGAGUGAGGGCGCCAGAAGGUUUCGCCUGGCUGUUUUGGCACAGUGCAUAGCAUCGGAGCAGUCUGAUGUGGACAUGUUGUCACUCUUUCACGCCUGCCUUCACGCUCAGCCCCCAACCACUUCGGCAGAGAAGGCUGUUUACGACCUUGCAUGCGACCUGGACCGUGCCGCUUCCCAGGCUGUGUCUGGUGACCAAACCAUAGAUGCUACCAUGGAAGUUGAACGCCUCUUGAGUCAAUUCAUUCCAUAG